AGCUGAGUGUCCGGGUUUGUUUUACUAUCUCCAUUUGUAAAUCAUAGGUCUAGACAGCAAUCAUGUUCUUCUUACCCCAGAAACAUACAGCCGUAUAUUCGGCCACUGAUCCAGAAGGGUCACUGAAAGAUGCCAGCAAAGGCAAAGUAGUUAUUGUCGCCGGGGCGGGUAGGGGAAUAGGCAAGGCUAUGGCCCAUACCUUUGCCGCCACUGGGGUCCGCGGCCUGGUCCUGAUAUCACGAACAAAAGCCCAAUUAGAACAGACCGGUUCAGAGAUCCGGACUGCUUAUCCAGAAUGCGUGGUCAGGGCAUUCGCUCUCAACAUCAGUCAGCCAGACGCUGUCCGAGAAGUUUUCGAGCAGAGCGCUUCUACCUUUGGCCAGGCUGACGUCCUCUUGGCAAAUGCAGGUACAGCUGGAAUUGUAUUUGCAUGUAUUACUAGUGUUACUAGAUGUGUUUUUUCAGUCAAACACGGAAGAAGCUCUGAUCAAUAGUUCGACAAGUCACAUUUCAAUACGCCAAAAAG